GCUUCACAGUGUGCACGUGGAAGAAUUGCGGGCAGUGAAGUAAAGCGACAUGAAAACAGAGGCACUCGUAGUCAUACUUGUUCUGAUUUCCACUGGAGUUACGGUUCGUACGGAUGGUUUUGAUGUCAAGCAGUUCGUCAACACAUCUGAGAAAAUAUGGACGUAUAAAACUACCAGCAGAGCACAGCUUCAAUGCGAGGUCAAUCAACUAGAAUACAUCAGCGCAUUGUCCAUUAUUUUCAAAAGGUCUUCGUUCUUCAAAGGAAAAAGAAGCGACUUUCGUAUAGAGGGAUUGUUUGAUACGGAUCACAAGGAGCGAAUGACUCUGCUUUCCAGAGGCACCUUCAGAAGAGUUGAAACUAUGCUCUACAUGGCACAUGACUACUCCUGUGCAGUUUUUAAGGUCGACUCACUAACAAAUUGGCGGAAAUUCUAUUACGAUCUUCGAAUGAGAAAUUCUUCUUUGCGUAAUAGACCUAGUGUAUACUGUAGGAUUCAUUAUGAAGAAGUCGUAAGGUAUGAACCCUCUUUCAUGGUUUACAAUGCCCGAUGUCAGCGGCAAAUUAAAGAAGAGAAAUAAAACUAUACAUGUGUUA